UUGAACCGGGGGCCUCCUGGUUACAGCCCGUUUCUUUAAACGCUGGACCACACAACCUCUUAUCACUAACGACCUACAGUGUGGCCCUCAAAGUAAACGCCAUGCAAAAACACCAUUCAUAAAUAAAUCUAAACGACGAAGGGACACAUUUGCUCACACUGCAAUCUGCCCGCACAUACAUUCCGGGACAGCUGCUGUUUCCGCAGCAGUCUCACCGUGUAGCACUGUGUAUAUUAACCUCGCUGCUAAAACAUAGCCACAGACAGGCAUCGUUGAACAAACAAGCAAAAAAAAGAAAACAAAACCGAACUGUUACACGAAUGUAUGAAAGCCUGUGUUGAGCUGUGCGAUUGCAUCGAGGCUGUUCUCGUCAGGAAGUGUUCGGGAUUUCCCUCGUGUGCGCUGCACUCCCUCUUUGACAGUGUUUGGCGAGAGUAUAAAGAGACGCCUUGUGUGCAGACAAGCUGACAAACACGGACAGCAAGAUUCAACGCACUCGUUUCAGAAUAACUGUAACAAAGUAAGAAGAACAAUGCUGUGCCCUUGGAAAUACCUGCAAAAGAAGAGCAACUCCUACGACAUCAAGGACCUGAACGACAUCAAGGACGUGAACGACAUCAAGGACGUGAACGAUAACUUCAAAUCCACUGUGAACCAAUACAGAGAUGAGUCCGAGCAGGUGAAGCUGGAAGAGGAGAAACCGAUCGAAAUCGUCACCAAGACACCGACACCGGAGGCUCCACCUAAGAAAUGUGUCCCCAAAUCCAAUAUGCAAAGAUGCCCGUUCAUGAGGAUGAAAAACAUUGAAAACGGGUCCGUGCUUCAAGACACGCUCCACAGAAAAGCAGUAAAGAAUCUGCCGUGCAAAUCGAACACCUGCCACGGGUCGGUGAUGCUGCCGCCCGCUCUGACCAGAGGUGUCCGGAGUGAGCCGGCCCCGCCGGAGGAAGUUCUUGUCCAAGCCAUUGAGUUUAUAAAUCAAUAUUACCAAUCUUUUAAACAACCCAAGACUGAGGAGCAUUUGGCCCGAGUGGAGGCGGUUACCAUGGAGAUUGAGAAGACAGGAACCUAUCAGCUGACCGGGGCGGAGCUAGUGUUUGCUACCAAGCAAGCCUGGAGAAAUGCACCCAGGUGCAUUGGACGAAUCCAGUGGUCAAACCUGCAGGUGUUUGAUGCUCGUCAGUGCAACACAGCAAAGGAGAUGUUCGAAUACAUCUGUGAGCAUCUCAAGUACGCAUCAAACAAUGGAAACUUAAGGUCCGCUAUCACUGUCUUCCCACAGAGGACUGACGGGAAACAUGACUUCCGAGUCUGGAACAGUCAGCUGAUCAAAUACGCCGGCUACCAGAGGCCAGAUGGAUCCAUCUUGGGAGAUCCUUCGAGUGUGGGAUUCACAGAGCUCUGUAUCCAGCUGGGAUGGGAACCCAAGUGGGGCCGAUUCGAUGUGCUCCCCCUCAUCCUCCAGGCCCACGGAGAGGACCCCGAAAUGUUUGAGAUCCCCCCGGAACUGAUUCUCGAGGUGUCCAUGGAGCACCCCAGGUUUGACUGGUUCAAGGAGCUGGAUCUCAAGUGGUACGCUCUGCCUGCGGUGUCCAGCAUGCUUCUGGAAGUAGGGGGGCUGGAGUUCACAGCCUGUCCCUUCAACGGCUGGUACAUGGGGACAGAGAUAGGAGUGCGGGACUUCUGUGACGUCCACAGAUACAACAUCCUGGAGGAAGUUGGCAGGAGAAUGGGUCUUGAAACUAACAAGCUAGCUUCCCUGUGGAAGGACCAGGCGCUGGUGGAGAUCAACAUCGCUGUGCUUCACAGUUUCCAGAAACAGAACGUGACGGUGAUGGAUCACCACUCUGCCUCAGAGUCCUUCAUGAAGCACCUUCAGAACGAGUUCCGUCUGCGCGGGGGGUGCCCUGCCGAUUGGGUGUGGCUGGUCCCCCCCAUGUCUGGCAGCAUCACGCCCGUGUACCACCAGGAGCUGCUCAACUACAUCCUUACCCCCUUCUACUACUACCAGCUGGAUCCCUGGAUCACACACGAGUGGAAGGAUGAACAGAAACGACCCCAGAAGAGGCAGGUUCGAUUCAGGGACCUGGCAAGGGCGGUGUUCUUCGCCUCCUCUUUGAUGGGCAAGGUGAUGGCAGCGAGGGUGAAGUCCACAGUCCUCUAUGCCACCGAGACGGGGAAAUCCGAGACCUUCGCCAGGAAGCUGGACUCCAUGCUGAGCUGUGCCUUCAACUCCAGGGUGCUGUGCAUGGAUGACUAUGACCUGAGCGACCUGGAGAAGGAAACCUUCCUGGUGAUCGUCACCAGCACCUUCGGGAACGGAGACUCCCCCGGGAACGGAGAGAGCUUCAGAAAAUCCUUAUUCACCAUGAAGCGUCUGAACAACAAAUUCAGGUAUUGUGUGUUUGGCCUGGGCUCCCGCAUGUACCCGCAGUUCUGUGCCUUCGCCCACACACUGGACCACAAGCUGGAGCAGCUGGGUGCCAGGCAGAUCUGUGCCACCGGGGAGGGGGAUGAGCUGUGCGGACAGGAGGAGGCCUUCCACACCUGGGCAGGGGCCGUCUUCAAGACUGCCUGCAACACGUUUGAUAUCCGGGGGCAGCUCAACAUCCAGCUCCCAGACACGGGGAGUGCCAACGAUGUCUGGCAGCCUGAGAGAUACAGACUGGCCCACGAGCUUCAGAGCACAGACUUUGUGAAAGCACUUUCCACUGUCCACUCAAAAGAUGUUUAUGCCAUGAAAUUAAAAUCCAGGAAGAACCUGCAGAGCCCCAAGUCCAGCCGGCAGACCAUCCUGGUGGAGCUGAGCUGCGAGGAGGACCGGGAGCUGCAGUACCUGCCCGGAGAGCACGUGGGAGUCUUCCCCGGGAACCAGGCCUCACUGGUCAGCGGCAUCAUCAAACUGCUGAAGGACGCUCCGCCCGGCAACCAGAACCUGCGGCUGGAGGUGUGCAGAGAGAGCGCACAAGGUUCAAUGAAGUCCUGGAGCUCUGACACCCGCCUCCCCGCCUGCACCCUCUCACAGACCCUCACCUACUUCCUCGACAUCACCACCCCACCCUCCCAGGGCCUGCUCAGGAAACUAGCGCAGCUCUCCACCCAGGACAGCGAGAGGACAAGGCUGGAGACACUCGCUCAGGACUCCGGGGAGUACAACACGUGGAAGUCUUUCAACAGCCCUACGCUUCUGGAGGUGCUGGAGGAGUUCCCCUCGAUCGAGGUCUCAGCCACCUUCCUCCUGAGCCAGCUGCCCCCCCUGAAACCCCGAUUCUACUCCAUCAGCUCCUCCUUGGACCACAGCCCCCGGCAGAUCCACCUCACUGUCGCUGUGGUCAACUACACCACCCGAGAUGGGCUGGGUCCGGUGCACCACGGCGUCUGCAGCACCUGGCUGAACACCAUCAAGGAGGGCGAUGUGGUGCCAUGCUUCAUCCGCAGGGCCAGCGGCUUCCACCUCCCCAAGGACCCCAGCCUCCCCUCCAUUCUCGUGGGGCCCGGCACAGGCAUUGCUCCCUUCAGGAGCUUCUGGCAGCAGAGAUUGCAUGACCUGGAACAGAACGGUGUGGCCGGCGCUGGCAUGACCCUGGUGUUCGGCUGUCGACAGUCUGACACGGACCACCUCUACCAAGCAGAGACCCUGCAGCUGAAACGCAAAGGAGUGCUGAAGGACGUCUAUACCGCUUACUCCAGGGAACCCGGCCAGCCCAAGGUCUACGUCCAGGACAUUCUGAGGGACAGGCUGGCAGGGGAGGUGUACAAGGUCCUGCACGAGGACGGGGGACACAUCUAUAUCUGCGGGGAUGUGCGCAUGGCCCGGGACGUCUCUCACACUCUUAAGGAGCUGUUUGCAGACAGGCUGGGUUUGAAUCUGGAGCAGGCAGGAGACUACCUGACACAGCUGAAGAAUGAGAAGCGAUACCAUGAGGAUAUCUUUGGUGCUGUUUUCCUGAAAUGAGAACACCAUUACAGGCAUCAAGCAAUCCCAUCCCCACACGUGUAUAUAUAUAGAAAUUCAGCUGGCUGAAUAUCGCUCGAGUGGAAGAAGGCUUCAAACUGUCUGUGUGUUUGGCUUCGGUUUUAGGCUAAGUGCAAUAAGAAUUCCAAGUUAUUAUGAGGCUUCCUUUCUAGACGUCAUUAUUUUUAUUGAGGUAGUGGUGAUCCAGACAGUUAGGAACACAUUUAUUAAAUGCUUUGGGAAUUUAACUCAAAACAGGCAAGGCAGACAUAUACUCAUUAAUAAUUAUAUUAUAAAAUAUUUAUUAUAUUUUAAUGUUAAGUAUUUUCUC